AUGUAUUGGGCGUACGGGUGGCCGCAGACANUGUCUUGUCUUAAGCUCUACUGUUUGUCACCUAUUCCUCUAUUCCUCGACCAUAACACGCCUUCUUUGCCAACUAGUGUUUCAGGUCUUCGGCGCGAGAGCUCUGAACUGUUUGUCACCGAAAAGAUUCCGUCUUUGCUUCUGAUGCUAUCGUUUUCGACGCAAAUCACAACUGGGAUUAAAUGUUUAAUGGCAGCCGAGGAGGAGAUAGUAAUCGGAACAAAGAAUGGAGAGAUAUGUGGAGUGCAUUGGGACGGAAACAUUGACGACUCUUUCAUCUGGAAACUCACUUCCAAGACAUUCUCGGCCACGGAUGACAUCAAUGUAGUGGACAUUAAGUACUCGUCAAUGAUUGGUGGCUUUGGUCUUGUAUUCAGCUGCGGUCGCGCGGCUUUCAUGCCAUUGCACUCUCACUCUCACAGCAGCCAACCCUCCACUCCAGAUGUGAUGACAGGUUCGCCACAAUUCAACUCAAGACUCCAAUUUGUGCCCGAAGUGGACAAUGCGUGCAGUUGUGCUAUCAAUCAUAAGUACCAAUUGAUUGCCUUUGGACUCAACAACACGGAGGGAGUGGUGUGUUGUUUGGAUGACACCCAGAAUGCCAUAACUGUCACACAUAGGCUCGUCUUGUCUGCCGAUACUUUUCCCGACGCCAGCUUCACAGCCGGUGCCCUCACUUGUAUUCAAUGGACUCCCGAUUCUACUGUAUUGGCCACUGCUUGGGAAAAGGGAGGCUUUGCUUUGUGGUCCGUAUUUGGAGCUCUAAUUGCCUGUAGUUUCUCAUGGGAUUUGGGUGCAGUCGAUGCCAUCAAAUCGAGUCCUUUUAUUGUCAAUUCAAUGACAUUUGGUAAAGAAGGAUAUCACUUAUGGUUAGCCACCAAAAGUGCAACUCUUGCAAACACUGUGGACAAUGGAAGUGGUUGUCUAUUAGAUGGCGUAUCCAAGCUGUCUAUGGCCAAGAGUGUGAUUGCAUCGAACCCGAGCUCAUCCAUUAAUGAAGAGCUCGUUUUGCUCACAUCUGAAGACCGCCUCUUUAUAGGCAUCGGUGCCGUCAAUGUGGGCCAACAACAGCAACAUUACUCACCCAUGUGUUCAACUGAUUAUAUCGACCACUACUGCAACGGUAGUAUUGCUGAUGACAUUAUGCCGUCGACUAACUGUACCUCAGGUGAGAUAUAUUGGGAACAACAACCCAUAGCAGUGGGCAAUCUUCAGUGGAUUGUGAUAAAUAUGCCGCACAGGUAUCUGUCCACCAAUUGGCCCAUUAGGUACGCAACUAUCGAUAGCAUGAGUCAACAUAUUGUGAUUGCCGGCCGCACCGGUUUAGCUCACUAUUCACUCGCUCACAGAAAAUGGAAACUCUUUGGUAACGAGAGUCAAGAGAAGGACUUCGAGGUGUGCGGAGGGGUGUUGUGGUGUGCGGAGCACAUGAUAGUGAGCUGUUUCAAUGUGAUGGACGGCAGGUAUGAGUUGCGCACGUAUUCCCAUAAACAUAAACUUGACAAUCAGUUCGUACGGGUGGCCAAAGUGGACAAUGAAGUGCUGGUCAUGUCUUUGUUUAAUAAUAAUCUAAUCACUUAUUUAAUCGACGGAACCAUUCAUUUGUAUGGUUUGAAUCGCAAAACACAAAACCAAAUAUCGUCACUAUAUAUAACACAUAUGAGUGAAAUAGUGAUCAAUAACCUCAUCGUUCCGCCCGAAUGUGUCACUCUUGUCGUGUUAACCAAUUUGCACAUCGAGUCCACCAAAGAGUCCAAAGAGCAGCCGCUUUCCAUUUUGAUGAACAUUUGUGGACGACUUCUGCUGCUCGAGAAGGAGACAAACACUGGCAAUGACUCCAAUGACUCCAAUGACCACCAAAUUGUCUACAAGAAGGUCUCCAUAUUGGCGUCGGGUGUCGAGAACGUGUGGAUCUCUAAUAUGAGCUCAAAGUCGGAUCGCCCCCAUCUCACAGAGUCCUUGUACUUGUCGUGUGGUUCUAAUGGAAUGGGCGUAUGGCUUCCAUUACUACCGGUGCCCGAACAACACACUACGAGCCAUAGCUUUAUGUCGAAGCGCAUUAUGCUUCCAAUAGCCACUCAUAUCUAUCCGUUGGCCAUACUGUUUAGGGACGCCGUUAUGUUGGGCGCAGAGAACGACACAGUGUUGGGGUCCCGACACCUGCCGAUUGCGCUUCCAUUUUGUGUGGUGUCGCGCACGAGUCAAGUCUAUUUGCAUCACAUUCUGCGCGAACUCUUGCGCCGCAAUCUGGGUCUUCACGCCUGGGAAAUAGCCAAUAGUUGCACGAAUUUACCGUAUUUUCCACAUUCACUCGAACUCCUGCUUCACGAAGUGCUCGAAGAGGAGGCCACCACUUCUCAUCCCAUUCCCGACGCACUCCUACCCCGUGUCGUCGACUUUAUCCGUGAGUUUCCGGUCUUUUUGCAGACUAUAGUGCACUGCGCGCGCAAAACAGAGUUAGCCCUCUGGCCUCACCUCUUCGCCAUUGUCGGCAAUCCCAAGGAGUUGUUUCAAAAAUGCCUCUCUGAAGGACAGUUAGAAACUGCCGCCUCUUAUAUCAUAGUUCUCCAGAACUUAGAGAAGUCGUCGGUUUCGCGACAUUACGUGUCAUUGCUGUUAGAGUCAGCGCGAAGUGCCGGUGCUAUGCAUGUCGUCAAAGAUUUGGCUCGUUUUCUACGUGCUAUUGACUCCUCAGAUGCCGACACUUCGGCCAUCAGAACGUCCACCAGUUCUACGACUGGUAUAUUUGGUACCGAUUCUACUCACGACACACAUCCGCCUCUUACACGACAAACAUCGGGUCUUACGGGUAAUGCAUACAUGGAUUAG